CUCACGAAUUCCAAGCUGUCUGUCUCCCAAUAUCAAAUUUCAAAUUCGGCGCUUCCCCUCCUCUCCCUCCCUCUCUCUCUCUCUCUGCAACGAAAGAGUGCAGUGGUGGUAUCAUCGAGCACAGCCUCCUCAGAGCACUUUGACAGAUCGGGAGUUAAUAAUCCAAGACAAACAAUUGGAUAUCUUGUAUCUGGACUACUGCAAGCAAUGGCCAACAAAAGUGGCAACACUUAUGAGGAAGCUCGCAAGCAACGAGUUGAAGACAAUAAAAAACGCUUCGAGGAUUUAGGGAUUUCGAAGAUUUCAAAGAGUUUAUCUGAUCUCAAAAGUUCUGACAAGAAGCCUGUGCAACGCUAUUCAAAACCCAAAUCAGAAAAUAUCUACAUGCUAGAGCCAAGACGUUCUUCUCGUGCACGCAAUCCAAUUCCUUCAUAUCGUGAUGAUGUUGACAUAGGGCUUCCACCUUUGCGAAAGAGAUCAAAGAUAAGUUCAUCAUGGGCAAGCUAUCUAGCAAGACCAUUGCAUGAAGUCAAAACUCCUUCUUACGAAGAAAGAGCUCAAGCUUUUAAGUGUGCAGAGAAGAUUCAAAGCAAUUUAACAUCGGGAAAUCCAUCUUUUGUCAAAUCCAUGGUUCGAUCUCAUGUUUAUAGUUGUUUUUGGUUGGGACUUCCUUCUAAAUUCUGUGAGGAUCAUCUUCCUAAAACGAUAGUAGAUAUAGUAUUGGAAGAUGAAAAUGGUGCAGAAUAUGACUCUGUUUACAUUGGCAAGAGAACUGGGCUUAGCGGUGGAUGGAGAGCAUUUGCUCUGGAUCAUAAGUUGGAUGACGGUGAUGCUCUGGUGUUUGAAUUGAUUGAACCUGCAAGAUUUAAGGUAUACAUAGUCAGAGCAUCCAACUGUUCCAGUGACAUAGAUGAUACGGCCGUUGAUGAUGAAGUAAACAGUGACGCGGAGAAUGCAUCAAAUGGGGCAAAAGAGUCUGAUCUGAACAAUGAGAAAGAACCAAAACGGUUAACAAGAUCAAAGAAAGGCAGAAAGCAGAAGAAACGAUGAAGGAGCCAGCAAUUUUCAGAACCGGUGGAUUUUAAUGGGGGGAGAAAAAUGAAAGCCAAACUAGUUCAGAACAUUUGUUGGCUAGAGGAUAUAACUACAUCUCCAUGUAAGAUGCCAUUUUUGGGAUAUAAUAUUAUCAAGAGUUAUAUAUGGAAUAUAUAUAGUAAUGGGUUUCUGCUCAUGGACUUCUAAUGGAGUUCUAUUCCCUCAAUUGGUAAAUUGCCUUGGGUUCAUGUAACCAUGGACAAGUGAUUGUUCUAGAAGCACUUUCUUGACAUUUUCUAUCUUGUUUUGGUGGUGGUGGGGCGGUUAUUAUUUAAUGAGUAA